GAUUCAUUAAAAAUGCCUGUAGUUGAUCGCCAGUCUAAUCGAAUAGAUCUUAGUCAUCAAGAUGGUGCCGUGGACGCUUCAGUGCUGGAGCAAUUGCGCCACGCGCUACAUCUUAACAAAUUCUUUCUUCAUCUAGACCUUUCUUACAAUGUACUUGAUGCGGAAUGCAUUUCUAUGUUGUGCACGAUCAUAAAAGAUAAAAGCUACCUCAAAACUUUUUCUCUUGUGUCGUGCGGUAUUACGGAUAAAAUGCUAACCUUUCAGCUUGUUCCUGCGUUUUGUACGCGUGGGGUGCAGAUCGCAAUGCUGGAUCUAAAUAAAAAUGAAGGGAUUACUGAUAAAGGCAUAGACUCAAUUUGUCAUCUUCUACGAGUCGUUAACAUCCUCGAUCUACGAUUAUCUGGCACCCUAAUUAACCCGAAGAGCGCUAAAAAGCUUCUCAAGGCGCUCGAGUCCAACACCACAUUGGAACACCUCGAGCUGCCCUUCACGGUUGGGUUUGAGGUGCUGAAUCGCGCAAAACUGCUGCUGCGUCGGAACUUGCGUCAAGGUAAAGACCCAAACCACGCGGAGCUAGCGGAUGGCUCCAAGCUUUUGCCAAAGGUUGAGGGUACGCCGUCGGGCUCGCCAGACAAUACGGGGUUGGGGGAUACCCUGCUGAGUAAAUUUGCAGAGAUGAGGAAAGUACCUUCUCUGCGGCGGGGUUCACUGAGGCGAGGCUUGGCUACUUUCAAUCAACCGCGAAGAGUUCUCCGCCUAGGCUCAAGCUCUGGUGAUAGCCUUACGAUCGGGAAUGGGAAGGCUGCCGGCUCACAACUCUCUCUUAUCGACCCCGCAAGAGGGUCUACUGGACGAGAGGCCACCAACGGCGGCUCGCCGGGUGUGCUUGCAUGUUCAGGGUCGGGGAGGCGAGGGCCGUACUGGCAGCAACGUCUGCGAGAUGUUAGGGAUACGUUGGAUCUUAGCGAUCCAGAAUCGAUCCCACUGUCCAAUUGGGCGGAUCCCGCGAUAAAUCGCUCUUUGAAGUAUCUUUGUAUUCUAGAAAAAACGUUGUAG